CGGGCCUGGGCCUGGGCCUGCAGGGGCCUCCGCGUGCUUGGGCCCGAGCAGCCGUUGGCCAUCGAACCUCCUCCUCCUCCUCCUCCUCUUCCUCCUCCUCCUCCUCCUCCUCCCCUUCCUCUUCCCCGGCCAUGGAGGCCGAGGAGACGAUGGACCGCGUCCAGGAGUUCCCCGACCAUCACAAAGUCAUCCUGGACCGACUGAACGAGCAGCGCGAGCAGGACCAGUUCACGGACAUCACCCUCAUCGUGGACGGUCAUCAUUUCAAGGCCCACAAGGCCGUUCUGGCUGCCUGCAGUCAGUUCUUUUACAAAUUCUUUCAGGAUUUCACUCAGGAACCUUUGGUGGAGAUAGAAGGUGUAAGUAACAUGGCUUUCCGUCAUUUAAUUGAGUUCACAUAUACAGCAAAGCUAAUGAUACAAGGGGAAGAAGAAGCCAAUGAUGUGUGGAAAGCUGCCGAAUAUCUCCAAAUGCUAGAAGCUAUCAAAGCACUUGAAGUCAGGAACAAAGAAAAUGCGUCGCCCAUAGAGGAAAAUACGACAUCGGGAAAAACUAAAGCAAAAAAGAGGAAGAUUGCCGAAACGUCAAACGUUAUAACAGAAACUUUGCCAUGUGCGGAAUCAGAGCCCGUGGAAAUCGAGGUGGAGAUCGCCGAAGGGACAACUGAAGUCGAAGAAGAUAGCAUGGAAACCCUAGAAGUAGCUUCAGCAGGACGGUCUAUAAAGUAUAUUCAAAGCACAGGUUCCUCUGAUGACUCUGCUUUAGCUUUGUUGGCUGAUAUUACCAGCAAGUACCGCCCAGGGGAUAGGAAGGGGCAGCUUGAAGAAGAUGAUGGCACUGCAACUUAUCCCACAAACAAACAGGUAGUAGGUAUUGAAAUUGUGGAGCUUCAGCUGUCACAUGUGAACAACUUGUUCCACUGUGAGAAAUGUAACCGUUCAUUUAAAUUGUUUUACCAUUUUAAGGAACACAUGAAAUCACACUCUACUGAGAGUUUCAAGUGUGACAUAUGCAAUAAAAGGUAUCUGCGGGAAAGCGCAUGGAAACAACACCUCACCUGCUACCACCUUGAAGAAGGUGGAGCCAGCAAGAAGCAAAGGCCUGGGAAAAAAAUACACGUGUGUCAGUACUGUGACAAACAGUUUGACCAUUUUGGACAUUUUAAAGAGCACCUUCGCAAACACACAGGUGAGAAACCUUUUGAAUGUCCAAACUGCCAUGAACGCUUUUCUAGAAAUAGCACCCUCAAAUGUCACCUGACAGCCUGCCAUUCUGGCGAGGGAGCUAAAAAGGGAAGAAAGAAGCUUUAUGAAUGUCAGGUCUGCAACAGUGUGUUCGACAGCUGGGACCAGUUCAAGGAUCACCUGGUGAUCCACACAGGAGAAAAACCCAACCACUGUACCUUAUGUGACUUAUGGUUUAUGCAAGGGAAUGAAUUGAGCAGACACCUCAAAGACAUCCACAACAUUUCGGAACGGAUAGUGACCGAGGAGGUGCUUCCCGUCGAGGCGGUGGAGACGGAGCCCGUGACGUCAAUGACUAUUAUAGAGCAGGUGGGGAGAGUCCACGUGUUGCCGCUGCUUCAGGUUCAGGUGGACUCCGCCCAGGUAACUGUAGAACAGGUCCAUCCGGAUCUGUUACAGGACGGUCAGGUGCAAGGAGCACACCUGGAGGAACUCUCGGAGCAGGUCCAAGUCAGCUACCUGGAGGUGGGGCGCAUUCAGACGGAGGAAGGUACGGAGGUGCACGUGGAAGAGCUGCACGUGGAACGGAUAAAUCAGCUGCAGAUGGAAGUGCAGGCCGAACUCCUCGAAGAGGCCGAGCUCCAGGAAAUGGACCCGGAAAUCCUGGACCAGGAAGCUCUAGGAGUUGCUCCGCCAGAACAGGCAGAUGCCGCCCCGCUGGGCGAGGGACAUCAGGGAGAAGCCGAAAGUUUCAAUCCUGAACCCGUAGUCGAUAUGCAACCUGUAGAGGCCAUGAACUGAGAGCGAACAGCUGGGCUGGUUUUAGAACAAAAUACCAAAUGAAUACUUUUUUAAUCUACGUGGCGGGGAGUGGGGCGAAGGGGGCCGGUGAGGACCACAGUCGGCUCUCCUGUCAAGACCGGCCUUAGGGAAUCAGGCAGGUGGACCAAAGCUCAGAUGUUUCCUACACUGCUGUACGGCUCGUUUUUUGUACUCAACAGAAUUUUUCUAAGCGGAUAGAUUGAAGAAGUCAAUAGAAGCUUAAAUGGAUUGCAGCCGUGCCCUACUUUGGGGUAUGAAUGUAGCUCCUCUCAUUGUGCUGAGAUUUUUCAGUUUCCUAUUCCCCAGAGCAGGCUCUUUUUAAAGCAGUCAUCAUAGAAACUGCGUACUGACAUGUCAUUAAAAAUGCGUUUUCCCAUUCAUGUAUUCUAAUGCAUGUUUGGAAAUGUAUGAUCUGGAUGGAUAAAAGCACAUUUGUCCCUGUGCUGGUAGAAAUUUAGCUUCUGGCUUUUUUUCAGUUGGAACAGCAUUUCCCGCCCCCACCUCCACCCCUCCCACCCCCCAAAUGCUUGCAAAUGCUGAUUCUGGAACAGAAAGAAAGAGAAAUAGGUGCUGGUAAAGAUUUCAGAAUAGAGACCCUCCCCAGCCCCCCCAACCCUCGUGCCUUCUCAUAAUUGACUAAUGACAUUUCUACAAAGCAAAGCUCCUUCAGUUCUUUAAAGUUUCUGUGAUAAAAAAGCAAUGUAGAUAGUGCUAUAGUGAUUUAUAUUUUUGCUCAUAAUUAUCAGCUACCGAUUCUUUUUUAUUUAAAUUUCGAUUGAAAUAGAUUCUAUGCGAUGGCAUUUUUUUUUUUCAAGAACCCAUUUACCACAAUUGGAAAAAUUCAGCUCUACCUGUGAUGAGCCUUACGUGGUUAAAAAUUGCACUAGUAUUUUACUAUCACAUGAAAACAAAAAUAGGAAAGAGCAUAAAAAUUAACAUAUUUAAAAGCAAAUACAUACAAAGAAAAUACUGUGUGCAUAUCAUAUACCAGGCUUUUGGUUUUCGAAAUGGACCUUCCCCCCCCUCCCCCAAUCCAAUAUGUAAAGAUCCUUGUGCUAAAAAAAUUUUAAAGCCAUAUAAGAGUGCUAAACUGUGGAUUUAAAAAAGAAAAUAGGAGUGUAAAUAUUUUAAAUCAGUAUUACUUGGAAAAUAAAACAACC